UAUGUAUGAAUGUGUUUAGACAUUAUUACUGUAUGAACGGAGACAUAGCGCUGACUUAUACCGAGCACUGUAGCCAUAACAACAGUGACAGCGGGCGGGAACGUGACGUCAGCGUGAGGGGGAGACGCUGCGUGGCCAUAAGCUCCACCCCGCUGUCCGCGCUCCGACCAAUCAGCGGCGGGCGGGUCAGACUCCCGCCAACGUACGAACGGCGCAGUGUGAGGAGAGCGCGGGUUCCGCUCACGUUAAGCUUUACCGGACCGCUACAGCAAUACAGCCGCCGCCAUCAUGUGGAUCCAGGUGCGCACCAUGGACGGCCGGGACACUCACCGCAUUGACUCCCUGUCUAAGCUGACCAAGGUGGAGGAGCUGCGGGAGCGCAUCCAGGAGGUGUUCGGGGUCCAGCAGGACCGGCAGCGGCUCUUCUACCGGGGGAAGCAGAUGGAGGACGGGCACACGCUCUUCGAUUACAGCGUCGGCCUCAAUGACAUCGUGCAGCUGCUGGUGCGCCAGCUCCCCCCGGCCCCGGUCACCCCGGAAGACACCGACGAGGCCGCCAUGUUCGAGAAGGAGCCGGAGCCCGAGGAGCCGCCCGCAGAACCCUCCGUCCUCGGGCUGUACACGGUGAAGGAGCUGGUGGACGCCCGGGACCUGCACAUGGGCGCCUGGUUCGAGGCGGAGGUGGUCAGCGUGAGCCGGGGGAGCACCGGCGAUGACGUCAUUUACCAUAUAAGGUAUGAGGACUAUCCUGAAGAGGGCAUAGUGCAGCUGACCGGGAAGGACGUGAGACCCCGGGCCAGGACCAAGCUAUCCUGGGGGGAGCUGAAGGCUGGACUGGUGGUCAUGCUCAACUACAACCCGGAUGAGCCCACAGAGCGGGGGUACUGGUACGACGCCGAGAUCCUGCGCAAGAAAGACGGCAAGGUCAGGAAGGAGCUCUACACCAAACUGUUACCGGGGGGCACCAGAGACCCCAUAAAUGACUGCAAAAUCCUGUUUGUCGAUGAGGUGUUCAAAAUCGAGAAGCCCAGUAGUACAGCGAUCCCACCCGAACCCACGGCGCCUGAAGAAACACCCCAAAAGCCCAAGACCGGUCCACAAUGCAGACUCUGCAAGGAUGACCCCAAAACCAAGUGCCGCAUGUGUGCCUGUCACGUCUGUGGGGGCAAACAGGACCCUGAGAAGCAGCUGCUGUGCGAUGAAUGUGACAAGGCUUUCCAUAUCUACUGUCUGGACCCACCACUAUCCGCCCUGCCCGAUGUCGACGACUGGUACUGCCCUGACUGUAGGAAUGAUACCAGCGAGGUGGUGCUGGCUGGCGAAAAGCUAAAGGAGAGUAAGAAGAAAUCCAAGAUGGCGUCUGCUAGUUCAUCCUCUCAGAGAGACUGGGGUAAAGGCAUGGCGUGUGUUGGGCGCUCCAGAGAAUGCACAAUUGUCCCGCCCAAUCACUAUGGGCCCAUACCCGGUGUACCUGUUGGUACCAUGUGGAAGUUCAGGGUGCAGGUCAGCGAGGCAGGGGUGCACAGGCCUCAUGUGGCCGGCAUCCAUGGAAGAAGCAAUGAUGGCUCCUAUUCUCUGGUCCUGGCAGGGGGCUAUGAGGAUGAUGCUGAUGACGGGACUGAGUUUACAUACACAGGUAGCGGAGGUCGGGACCUUACGGGCAACAAGAGAACUGCCGAGCAAUCAUGUGACCAGAAACUCAGCAACAUGAACCGGGCCCUGGCCCUUAACUGUAGCGCUCCCCUCAACGACAAGGAAGGAGCUGAGGCUAAAGACUGGAGAGCAGGUAAACCAGUGCGUGUGGUGCGCAAUGCAAAAGGGCGCAAACACAGCGAAUAUGCCCCAGAGGAAGGUAACCGUUACGAUGGAAUCUACAAGGUGGUGAAAUACUGGCAUGAGAAAGGCAAAUCCGGGUUCAAGAUCUGGCGCUAUCUGCUGAGAAGAGAUGACGAAGAGCCGGCACCGUGGAGCAAGGAAGGCAAAGAACGUUGUAAAAAGCUGGGUCUCACCAUGCAGUACCCCGAGGGUUACUUAGAAUCUGUCGCCAACAAAGAGCGAGAGAAAGAGAACAUAGAUUCGGAUGAACUGGAGACUCCAGCCAAAGGCAAAAGAAAAAGGAAAUCUGUCAUUGAGGAUGAUGAUGACGAUGAAGAAUCUGCAGAGGGAACACCUAAGAAAACUAAAACCGAGCUUAUGUACGAUCUGACCCUGGCGCAAAAAGAGCUGAUCGAGAAAGACGAACUGAACGUCAAGCUGUGGAAUGAGGUGCUGACGCAUCUCAAUGAAGGGCCGAGGUUUAUCAACAAGGUGGAGGAGACCUUCCUGUGUAUCUGCUGCCAGGAGGUGGUGUACGAGCCCAUCACCACGGAGUGCCUCCACAACAUCUGUAAGAGCUGCCUGGACCGCUCCUUCAAGGCUGCCGUCUACAACUGUCCGGCCUGCAGGCACGACCUGGGCAAGAACUACAACAUGCAGGUGAACAAGCCGCUGCAGAGCCUCCUGGUCCAGCUCUUCCCUGGCUACGAGAGGGGGCGGUAAAUCAUCUGUGCAUGUUGCUCUUAUAGCUCUUAUUUUCCUGAGGAACCCCCCCCCCACACACACAAAAGCCUUAGUUACCAUCACUCAUAUGUUCCCUUCUUCAAUCAGAAACUGCCCUUUUUGUCAAUACCUGUGUUCCAAGGCCUCAAUAGACGUUGCAACCCACCACCUCUUCACUGACUAGCACGCUCUAGGUAUAUGUGGACAAGAGGCUGUUGUCUCUGCAGUUCAACAGAUCUGGGAUAUGGGCAUCAAAUGUGGAUCUUAAAACCAAGUCUUCUCUGUUCGCAGGGAUUAUAUAUCUGUUGCAUUUUAUUAAAAAGGAGCCGAGGGUUGCAAAAGUAUUGUUGCUUAUUGAAACAGCACCACAACAGGAUGGGUGUGGUAGUGCAACUUGGUUCCAUUUAAUAAAAGCUAAACUGCCAUAAUACGGACAACCUGUGGACAGAUGUGACACUGACUGUUCUUGGAAGUAAGCGGUCAUUAUUUAAUGCUUUACACGAGCUUUAAGGCCAUGUUCACAUGGCGUAACGUGCGGAAAGUCUGCCCGGAAAACAGACUGACACAAUGCACAUUUGAAAGUCCAGUUGGCGUUCGGACAGUGCAGCAGAGUCGCAUUAAAAUCAGUGGCACUCUAGCAGCAGGACAUUCCGCCAUGUGAACAUGCCCUAACUCGUCCAUAUCCUAAGAGGUGUAUUAGAAGAUUCAAAUACUUCUAGUGCUGCUAGAAACUUGAUUCAUAUUAGAAAUUCUUCCUGAUUUGCAGGGAUCAUUGUCUAGUUCAGUGUUUCACCAACUUGUGGCUCUCCAGCUGUCGCAGAGCGAAAAGAACAGAGUAGAAAAGUAAUGUAAUGUCCAACUCGACUCGCAGUUCUCUUACAGGAAGGCUGUCAAUCAUUGAAUGAGACCACUCGCUGGACUCCUAACCUCAGAAGGAGUAGAGACCAAUAGACUGCAAUAUCUUUCUUGGCUAUGGAAGAACCUACUCCUCUUGAUGCAUGUUGCCUGCAGAUCAGACCGGAUUACGUAAUGCAGAAAAGAUAGAAGAAAAUCCCUCUCUAGGCGCUACUUCUCCAAAUGGAAUCACACAGAAGAUGAUCUAGUAAAGUUGUUCUUUAUUUACCAAUAACGUGUUUCGGGUAUACACCCUUCCUCAAACUGGCACCAAUCUGAGGAAGGGUGUAUACAUGAAACAUGUCAUUGGUAAACAACUUCUUUACUAUAUAUCUUCUGUGUGAUUCCAUUUGGAGAAGUAGCGCCUAGAGAGGGAUUUUCUUCUCUUAUCUGCUUCACUCGGGGACGGACCAAGGCCUGUACCCACUGUUUCGGUGAUAUGCGCAUAUGUAUUACGCUCCAGGUGAGCAUAAUACUAGCUUUUCAUAGCUUUGGAAUACUGGAAUAACGCACUAGGCGCUCCAUGUGGUUUUCUUUUUGAUUUGUCUUCAUUUUCUACUAGGUUUAUGUAAUGUCAUAUGUUUGAAUUACUAGAAAACCUAUUUAUCGGUAUUCUGGCACUGUAGGGAAAAAAAUAUUUCCAUGGCCAUGCUAAAAAAAAAACUUGCCACCUACCCCUAGUUUUACCGCAGAUCUGGUUCUUCUGGUCAGUCAUUUUGUCUUUUACCUGAUUUUGAAAUUAGUGCUUUGAGCAGGACCUUCCUGUUGAGCCAAUCACUAGCCACAGCAGUUCCUGUCUCAGCCAGUAAAUGGCUGAGUGGGAAGGGCCUGCUUUAGGUGCUUAUCUUAGAAGCAGGUUUAAGUGAUCGGGAAGGGUGUCCAGGGGUUUUUCUACAGUGCCAGAAUACACCUUUUAUGGUGUAUUCACACGUAGAUUUAAUGUAAACGAAAUUACUGAACACAGUUUCAAAUCUACGCAGAAUACUGCACGUGUGAAUAGACCCUUAGGGUACGUUCAUACAGAUCCGCAGCGUAUUUUACGCUGCAGAUCCCUGACAAUGGAUCUCUACAUUGCCAUGAGCAGGCACAGAUAGAGGUACAAUCUACAGCUACGAGUCGCCAUGUGCAUGCACAGUAUACUCGCACACAUCGCGGCUGCUCUCUGCCUAGCUUGGGCCGUGAUGUGUGAGAGUAAACUGUGCACAAGCGCAGCGACUUGCACAUCGCAGCGUGUCUCCUCGUAGCAGCAGAUCGCUUCUAAGAGCAAGCACAAUGUAGGGGGCCAUUGUUGGCGGAUCCGCACCGUAAAAUACACUGCAGAUCCUUCCUUGUGAACAUAACCUUAGAGUAUGUUCACACAUACAGGAUCUGCUGCAUAUUUUCUUCAGCUGAUUUUUCUAUCCAGCAAAAUCAGCUGCACAAAAUAUGCAGCAAAAAUAUCCUGUACUUGUGCACAUUCCCUUAGCGUUAGAUUUCAGUGUAAACUAAAUGACUGAACACAGGAUACUGUGUGUAUAAAUACACCCUUACAGAUGUUAUACAGCAUUAGAAAAACUGCUGAUAUCUUCCAAAAACAGCGCCACCCGUUGUUGGGUUGUAUGUGGUAUUGCAGCUCAGUUCCAUUGAAGUAAAUGGGGCCAAGUUGUAAUUUCACACACAAUAUGAGGACAGGUGGGGUGCUGUUUUUGGAAGGAAUUGUUUUUUUUCUAUCC